CGAGAGGCGCGGGGCGACUCCGCCCCUGUCCUGCCGCCGGGCGUCCGGAGCCGCACGUCCUGCUCGCCGCCGCCAUGGCCAAGCCCCUGACCGACCAGGAGAAGCGGCGGCAGAUCAGCAUCCGCGGCAUCGUGGGCGUGGAGAACGUGGCCGAGCUGAAGAAGGGCUUCAACCGGCAUCUGCACUUCACGCUGGUCAAGGACCGCAAUGUGGCCACCCCUCGCGACUACUUCUUCGCGCUGGCGCACACGGUGCGCGACCACCUGGUGGGGCGCUGGAUCCGCACGCAGCAGCACUACUACGAGACGUGCCCCAAGAGGGUCUAUUACCUCUCUUUGGAAUUUUACAUGGGCCGAACAUUACAGAACACCAUGAUCAACCUUGGCCUGCAGAAUGCCUGUGACGAGGCCAUUUACCAGCUUGGAUUGGAUAUGGAGGAGUUAGAAGAAAUUGAAGAAGAUGCUGGGCUUGGCAAUGGUGGUCUUGGGAGGCUUGCUGCCUGCUUCUUGGAUUCCAUGGCAACUCUGGGGCUUGCAGCCUACGGCUAUGGCAUCCGAUAUGAAUAUGGAAUCUUCAAUCAGAAGAUUCGAGACGGAUGGCAGAUAGAAGAGGCAGAUGACUGGCUCAGGCACGGAAACCCCUGGGAGAAGGCCCGCCCCGAGUUCAUGCUGCCUGUUCACUUCUACGGGAACGUAGAGCACACAGAGGCCGGAACCAAGUGGAUCAACACGCAGGUGGUCCUUGCUCUUCCAUAUGACACCCCGGUGCCUGGAUAUCUGAACAACACGGUCAACACCAUGCGCCUCUGGUCCGCUCGCGCACCCAAUGACUUUAACCUCAGAGACUUUAACGUUGGAGACUACAUUCAGGCUGUGCUGGACCGGAAUCUGGCCGAGAACAUCUCCCGGGUCCUCUAUCCCAAUGAUAAUUUUUUUGAAGGGAAGGAGCUGAGACUGAAGCAGGAGUACUUUGUGGUGGCUGCUACCUUGCAAGAUGUCAUCCGACGUUUCAAAGCCUCUAAGCUUGGGUCCAGCAGGAGUGCCGAAACUGCGUUUGAUGCCUUCCCAGAUCAGGUUGCCAUCCAGCUGAACGACACUCACCCUGCGCUCGCCAUCCCCGAGCUGAUGAGGAUUUUUGUGGACAUUGAAAAAUUGCCCUGGUCCAAGGCAUGGGAGAUCACCCAGAAGACCUUUGCCUACACCAACCAUACAGUGCUCCCGGAAGCCCUGGAGCGCUGGCCUGUAGAGCUGGUGGAAAAGCUGCUUCCUCGACAUUUGCAAAUCAUUUACGAGAUGAAUCAAAAGCAUUUAGAUAAAAUUGCCGCCUUGUUUCCUAAAGAUGUCGACCGCCUGAGAAGGAUGUCUCUGAUAGAAGAGGAAGGAGGCAAAAGGAUCAACAUGGCCCAUCUCUGCAUUGUGGGCUCCCAUGCUGUGAACGGCGUGGCUAAAAUCCACUCAGACAUCGUGAAGAACCAAGUAUUCAAGGACUUCAGUGAGCUAGAGCCAGACAAGUUUCAGAAUAAAACCAAUGGGAUCACUCCAAGGCGCUGGCUGUUACUCUGCAACCCAGGACUGGCAGAGUUAAUAGCAGAGAAAAUCGGGGAGGACUGUGUGAAGGACUUGAGCCAGCUGGCGAAGCUGAACAGCUUCCUGGGCGACGACGUCUUCCUCCGGGAGAUUUCCAACGUGAAGCAGGAGAACAAGCUGAAGUUUUCUCAGUUCCUGGAGAAGGAGUACAAAGUGAAGAUCAACCCAUCCUCCAUGUUUGACGUGCAGGUGAAGAGGAUCCAUGAGUACAAGCGGCAGCUCCUGAACUGCCUGCAUGUGGUCACCAUGUACAACCGCAUUAAGAAAGACCCGAAGAAGCUAUUCGUGCCCAGAACAGUUAUAAUCGGUGGCAAAGCUGCCCCAGGAUAUCACAUGGCCAAACUGAUCAUAAAGCUGAUCACUUCAGUGGCAGAGGUGGUGAACAAUGACCCCAUGGUUGGAAGCAAGUUGAAACUCAUCUUCCUGGAGAACUACAAAGUGUCUCUUGCUGAAAAAGUCAUUCCAGCCACAGAUCUGUCGGAGCAGAUUUCUACUGCAGGCACCGAAGCCUCGGGGACGGGCAACAUGAAGUUCAUGCUGAACGGGGCCCUGACUAUCGGGACCAUGGAUGGGGCCAACGUGGAAAUGGCCGAGGAAGCCGGGGAAGAGAACCUGUUCAUCUUUGGCAUGAGAAUAGAGGACGUGGCUGCUUUGGACAAGAAAGGGUAUAAGGCAAAAGAAUAUUACGAGGCACUUCCAGAGCUAAAGCUGGCCAUCGACCAAAUUGACAAGGGCUUCUUUUCUCCCAAGCAGCCUGACCUCUUCAAAGACUUAGUCAACAUGCUAUUUUAUCAUGACAGGUUUAAAGUUUUUGCAGACUAUGAAGCCUACGUCAAGUGUCAAGAAAAAGUCAGUCAGCUGUACAUGAAUCCAAAGGCCUGGAACAUCAUGGUACUCAGAAACAUAGCCGCCUCAGGGAAAUUCUCCAGUGACCGAACAAUUAAGGAGUAUGCCCGGGACAUCUGGAACAUGGAGCCUUCUGACCUAAAGAUUUCCCUGUCCAGUGAACCCAGCAGUGGGGUGGACAAAGCCAAUGGAAAGUUAGACAAAUAACCAGGAGAGAGGGCAAUGCUUCUUGGUGUCAUAGCCCACGCGCCUGUGUCAGGGUGAAUGACCCACAGCUCUCCUCUGCUGCCGCCUUCCCCCAAGUGAGCACCGGCUGCCCGGACCGCUAGCGCUUCUCAACGUAAGCAUUUGAUUGAACUGCUGACAAUCCCAUCUCCUUUCACUGCUGCACAGCAAAACCUAUUGCUAAGAAUACUUCUAGAAGCUAAAGGAAACUAAGUUCCAGAAAGUGGCUUUUCAGAAAAAGGGAUGAUAUAAUCAAGUUCACUAAAGGAAGAUCUGCCUGCAUCCUGUCCACUCUGCCAUGAGGUGCAAGAUGAAGUGAAGGAGAGAGACUCAGAGCCCUGGAGGUACAAGAAAUACAUUUUUUCCAAAAGAACCACAGCCUACUCUGUAUUAACCACAUAAAAGGGAGAUAAAGGUGAUUCAAAAGGCAGAGGAUUCUUUAAAAAACCAUUUGAAUUUGUUUUAGAGCCAAGUUUCUUAAACCUUAGUGGGUCAUGGAGCCCUUUGAACAUGUAAUUAAAGCUAUGGACCCGCUGCCCCGAAAAAUGUAUCCACUCUUCAAAUUUUGUGUACAAUUUUGGGUUGGGAGUUCAUGGACCCUCUGGGGCUUCUGUGGAUCCCAAGUAUAGAACCACUGCUUUCAUCAAGGUUCCCUGUGAUCUGUCAUUUGGCCUCCUUCCAGCUCAGUACUGCUGAGAGCAAGCUGAGACUUCCGGGCAGGAGACAGAGGAAGGUACAGCUGACCCCAAGUCAGGAAAUCUGGGAUAACUGAGGGCAAGAGCGGAUUCACUCAGAGGGCAGACGUGACUGUGUGAUUCACAUGACCCUUUAAAUAAAAAUGCAUUGUAACACCGUG